AUGGCAGAUCCAUAUACUUACAACCCCCACUCAACGCCUACGCCGAGCGGGGUUGGCUACUAUCCCCCAGAGGAUCAGCCGCAAUACCCGGCAUAUGACCACCAGCAGCCAUACGGGAACCAAGAUCCAUACAGGAACCAAGAGCCCUACCAUAACUCUGGAUCGGAGCAAUACAACCCCGGAUCAGAGCCUUACCAACCCAGUCCAAAUGAAAACCAACCCUAUGCUCCACAACAAAGUUCAUACCACCUCGCACCCGAGCCAUAUGGAUCCUCCACCGAGAGAAGUUAUACGCCGACAGGGCAGCCCGACUACCCUGGGCCAGUGACUCCGGCAGGAUACCAACAUGUGCAAGACAGAAUCCCCGGAAACGCGGGAUACUACCACGGUACACACCCCCCCGCAAGUCCCCACCCUCCCGCUGUGUAUGUAUCCGAGCCAGAAGAUGCACAGCGCAGUGGUGAACAGCGCUCCGAUACAGACACCGACACUGAUCGGGGUAUGGAUCGUGGGUUUGGAGGCUCGCUCGCUGGCGGCGUGGCGGGCUAUUACCUUGGCCAUAAGAAAGAACAUGGCUUGCUGGGUGCGAUUGGUGGUGCUCUGCUCGGGAACUUCAUAGAGGACAAAGUGAAGGAUCAUAACAAGCAUGACGAUAAUAGUGAACAUGGCCAUGAGCACAGUGACCAUCAUCGCCGUCGCCGCCAUCAUCACCAUCACCACCACCACCACGGUCAUCGGAGCCAUUCGAGCCAUUCGAGACAUAGUAGUGAUAGCGGCCAUAGCGGUCACAGCGGGCACUCUCAUAGUUCUCGUCAUACCAGCCAUUCGAGGCACCGCCAUGAGGACGAAUACUGA